UCGGACACCUUCAGACAAACACAGCAGACAGAGACGCAGAGAUGGCGGAAGAAGCUCCAGCAGCGGCCCCGGUCAAAGCCCCGGCUAAAGCCCCGGCUAAAGCCCCGAAGAAGAAGGCGGCUCCCCGUCCCAAGAAGGAGGGCCCGACCCUCCCGAAGCUCAUCAUCAGCGCCGUGGCUGAGUCCAAGGAGCGCAAGGGGAUCUCGCUGGCGGCCAUUAAGAAGGUUCUGGCGGCAAAAGGCGUCGAUGUGACCAAAGCCAACAAACGCAUCAACACCGCCGUGACUAAGCUGGUGACCGGAGGAACCCUGGGACAAACUAAAGGGACCGGGGCCUCCGGCUCCUUCAAGCUCGCCAAGAAGGAGCCCAAAGCCGCCAAACCUGUCAAGAAAGCGGCGCCGAAGAAGAAAGCUCCCGUUAAAGCCAAGAAGCCCGCAGCCGCCGCCAAGAAAGUUACAGCGGCCAAGAAACCGGCAGCUAAGAAGCCAGCGGCCAAGAAACCGGCAGCGGCAGCAGCGGCCAAGAAGUCCCCGAAGAAGAAGGCACCGGCGAAGAAAGCCGUGAAAAAGCCGCUAGCGAAGAAGAGUCCCAAGAAGACCCCCGUUAAAAAGCUCAAGGCGGCCAAGAAGCCCGCUGCCAAGAAAGCUCCGGUAAAGAAAACUGCAGCCAAGAAGACCAAGAAGUGAAGCGGCUCUUUAAUCCAGCACUCAGUGCACCAAAGGUUCUUUUAAGAACCACCACAGCUUCACUAAAGAGGCUUCCUCAUUUAUUAGUACAACUUCAACACCUUGUUACACAACAAACCCCUCUAAUCAUAACAUC